AUGGCUACCGACAAUGGCCCAGCGACCGGCACCUUGAGAAAAAUCCGAACCACGAGCGGUAAGACCAGGCAGCAUCCACUGGUACCACAAGAGGUCUGUGAGCGUAUGAACCACCGCUGGCUAGACUACGCCCUUGGGCAGGGCGAACUGGUCCCGCCAGAGCGCACUGUGCAGUUCAAAGCACCAGUAGUGUACCACCACGAGCGGACCCCUGCCGAUGUGUACUCCGUGGGGGUCUCUGCGCUGGCUGUCGACCAGCAUACAGGCCAGUUCUUCGUUUCGUGCGGGACCGAUGGCAGCGUCUCGCUGUGGCAGUUCCACGGCCGUGUGGUGGGCAAUGGCGUGCUGCGCAACAGGCGUCUGCACUACGUCCGCGGCACGGUCUCGGAGGAGCCCGCACCCCGAAGGAGCGCGGACGCGCGGCACAACGUACGCCAGGUCAAUAACAUACGGAUGUACAUGCAACGCGCGCCUGCAGCGGCGCCGGACACCCCCCGUGUCGGGGUGCAGGCAUCCGUGGACUGCGUCUUCUACGGGCAGGACAACGGAAUGUUCGUUACGGCCGGCCGCAACGGCACAGUGCGUCUGUGGGACACGGAAUCCUGUCGCCCACUGCACGAGGUCCAGCUGCCGCAUGCCGCACACCAGCUGCACGCUCGUGGCUCGCUGCUGCUCUGCGCGCUCGCCGACCCGCACCCACGCGUGCUCGACCUGCGCCACCCUCGUGGAGAGGGCAUGCAACUGCGCGCGGGGGCGCGUGCGCGCCCUGGCGCCAACGCCCUGUGUGCGCGCUUCCUCGCGGACGCCGCCGACGACCCGCGCUUCGUGGCCGCUGGCGACCACGCGGGCGGCCUGGCCGUGUGGGACCUCCGCAUGGCCAACCGCCGCGUCGCAGCCGUGCCCGGCGCCCACCCUGGCUUCGUCAACGCGCUCGCCACGCUCCACGUCCCCGCACACGUCGCCACCCUCGCCACUGCGGGCGCCGACGGCCGCUGCCGCCUGUGGACCUGGGCCAAUGGCGCCCUGCGCCUGCGUCGCCCACUAGGCCCGUCCGACGCCGCCCGUAACCGUCUCGCCAGCCGCACUGCCAGCCGUCUCCUCUGCCACCGCGGCCAUUGCUUUCUCAGCUCGGACCAAGGGGACCUGCUGGUCUACUCUUGUGCCGACGGCCGGCUGGUCGCUAAGCUCGCCCACGCGGACACCUUCCCGGCCGCUCCCGCCUCUGCGCGCUUCCAGGCCCUUGCCAUACAGCCUAGGUUGGCGGCCGGCACGGGCACACGUCUCCUGCUGGGCUCUGAUGCCCUCUCCGGAGCCCUGGCGGACUACGAGCUGGCUCUGUAG